AUGUUGAGCUCCGUCGUGAACACUUCCAUCUCUUGGUGCCAAGCCAAUUUACCUGUACAAGCUGCCAGGGAAAGGAUUCCCCUCGUGAACACGAGUAUAAGGGUAGCUGACGCCUAUGGUAUGCCCGUGGUUGUUAAAGUCGACUCUAUCAUUGACGGUAUCAUCGGCAAGGGCAACUACUAUGUCGCUAAUGUUCGUGGUAAAUCCGUUGCUGCUUUCGAGGCAGUUGAAGGUCUGAGAGACUCCCUCCGGAAAAAGGAGGAAGCAGUUCGAAACAAGGUUGGUGAUCUCGUUGCUGAGAAGAAGAACGAGUUCACUAAUGCUAAGCACAUGGCCAUCACUAAGGUCAACAACACGUAUCAUGUAUUAUCUUCAAGGUUGCAGAAGAUACCAAAUUCCAUCGACUUCGACAUCCACGUAUUACUCGAUCAAGACAGUUGGCUGGUUGGUGCCAUGCUGGGCAUGAGGGGUCGUAUUCUGGCGAUCACUGCGAAGGGUUUGGACAUGACCCUUGGUGAAGAGAGACGGUCUGCCAUCUUUGAAAGAGGUUCUGUUACUUAUGAGAGAGCACUCGAUAUGGCAUGUGGUUUCCUUGGAGUCGAGCGUCGCACUACUGUGGCAGUCCCUACUAGUCCCAGUGAGAGCUCCCAAGCCGCCACUGAUAAGGUCUCCGAGACUAGCACGGUUGAGCCGGUGAACGUCUUGAAGGAGCAGAAGGAGUCUUUGAUGGUUGACGAGAAGCAUUCUGUUGUUAGGGUUGAAUCGAAGAAGUGCAAAAAUUCAGGUCUUCCCAAUGACCUGGUCCUGGCCGAUAUGGUCUUGAGAAUUGUCUCGGCGCUGGCCCGUGGGCAACUACGCUGGAAAAUGUCUGCUCAUCGUGACAUGUCUCGUCGACCUGAGCGCGGGGAAUCCGAUGCACCCCGUGCAUCGGAGAGAAGAUCUGGCCCUUACAAUGAGGAAGGCCGCAGAUCAGACUAUCGGAGACCUCUAAUGCCACCUCCAGGUAGCGGUCCUAGAGGAGGCCCCAGAGGAGCAGGGCCACCACCUCAGCGUAGGAGGGGCAUUGCCAUUGACAGAGCCCAGACCUGCCCCUUCCUCCUUCGAGUUUUCUAUCGCAUGGGAUCUCAUCACGAUGACGGUGACUUCGCCAAACUCGGGGAGUUGCCAGUAGACGAGGAGCUGCAGGUCUACACUUGGCCCGAUGCCUCCCUAAGGGAGAUCUCCGAUCUGAUUGAAGAUAUAUUGCCUGAGUCUCGUGGCCGUACCAAGAAGCUCAGCUUCAAACUCAUCUAUCCGGACAGGAGUGGCCGCUUCGUGAUGGCUAGGAUAGGGGAGGUUUUUAACAGUCACGAAACUUUCCCGGAUGGGCGUACAUUAGCCGAAGUAAAGUUCCAGCCGGGAGAUUUCCUCGACGUGGCGAUCCUCGAUAACGAGAAGCUCACAGCACCUCUACCAGAACGGCCCUCGAGGGCUCCUCGGAACCGGGCCCAGAACGGGGAAAUGGCUGAGAAUAAAGACGAGGGGGGCAAGAAGAGAGAUGAGUGA